AUGUCAAAGGUAAAAUCAGCGCUCUCAAACUUACGCGUCCGGAUUCUGCAUCACAAGGAUGAUAUUAGCUCAAAGCUGGAUCGCCACGAUCAUGAGGAGUCGCGGGGCGGUUCUGAGGAUGAUGUUGCACGGGUAAUUCAUGGUGAGGUUGACGAUUGGUCGAGCAGCGAGGACGACGAGCAAGAUGGCCUCCAUAGCCAGCCAGGGAAAGCCUUGGACGAUUUCUUACACAACGACGAUCCCCCAGAAAUAAAGUGUCACUAUGGUCAACUACCACUGAUGCAGUCGCAAGAUGAUGCCUUUGAUCCCGGCCAGAAGGUCACCUGGACACGCUUGGUCGAUGUCAAGCCGGGGAUGCUUGGGAGAGAAGUCUCAUUCCGUGCUCGAAUACAUGUGGUGCGCCACAUGAGUGCAGCAAUGGCUUUCAUAGUCUUCCGUCAGCAGAUUACAACCAUUCAAGGAGUUAUCAGUGCCCAGGAGGACGGAAUCUCCGAAAGCAUGGUAAGGUGGGCUCAACAUAUCAGGCCUGGUUCGGUCGUUAUUGUACAAGCAAAAAUCAAACAACCCGACAAGAAAGUGCAUGGAGCAAGUACAAAUGAUGUGGAACUUCUGAUCCAGCAACUUCAUGUGGUGUCAGCGAGAACAGCACCAGUGCCCUUCUCAGUUUAUGAGGCAGAGGCUGCCACUGACGGCCAUGCACUGUCAGAUCGAGUUCGAUUGAGUAACAGGAUAUUAGAUUUGAGGACUCCGACAUCACAAGCAAUCUUCCGAAUUCAAUCCGAGGUCUGCAAGACUUUCCGGACUUUCCUCGAGGAGCGCGGAUUUCUGGAGAUCCACACUCCGAAACUGCAAGGAGGCGCAACAGAAGGUGGUGCUGAUGUCUUCAAGCUCAAUUAUUUUGGUCGCCCUGCUUUUCUUGCUCAAAGUCCCCAGCUGGCUAAGCAAAUGUGUAUAUCGGCUGACAUGGAAAGAGUCUACGAGAUUGGACCUGUUUUUAGGGCUGGUAUGUCUUUCGUCUUGUUCCGUCCUUUGCCCGCCUUCAUUAACUAUGAUCUAGAGAACUCCAAUACCCCAAGACACAUGACUGAAUAUACAGGUUUGGAUUUGGAAAUGACCAUCGACCAUCAUUACCAUGAGGCUAUGUGGUUGAUAGAUGCAACUUUGAAAGAGGUCUUCAAGGCUAUCUACGACCGACAUCGUGAUAAUAUUGCCACUCUCAAGCACCAUUUUCCUCAUGACGACUUGAUAUGGUUGCCUCAAACGCCAAGAAUAAGUUUUGCCGAAGGAGUUCAAAUGCUGAAUGAUUCAGGAUGGAGAAAUGAAAGUGGUGAUCAGCAAUCGGAACACGAGGACCUGCCAACAAAGGGAGAAAGACAUCUUGGGGAACUUGUAAAAGACAAGUACAAGACCGAUUACUAUAUCUUGGAUAAAUUUCCCACGGCUGCACGACCAUUUUAUACAAUGCUGGAUCCGAAGAAUGAUAAGUUUACGAACUCAUUUGAUUUCAUGGUACGGGGACAAGAAAUAUUGUCAGGCGGUCAACGUGUGCACGAUUAUCAGAUAUUAGCACAACGUAUGGAAGAAUCGGAUAUGGAUACAGAAUCGCUCAAAGAAUACAUUGAGGGGUUUGAAUGGGUCGCACCUCCUCAUGCUGGAGCUGGCAUUGGACUUGAACGACUGGUAUCACUGAUUCUGGAUCUAGGGAACCUGCGGUAUGCGACGCUGUUCCCUCGAGAUCCGAAAAGCUUUCCACAGGCCAAAUCAAGCUCAGCCCUGCGUCACCCAGAGGAUGGUACCUUACAAAGGACGAAGGGUCAUCUACCUGCAUUACAAAAUCUAAUUGCCAAUUACGGUGAUGCAACCAACACGUCUUGGAUGGAUCAAAGAUACAAGAUCUGGCGCGAUGAGAAGACUGGUGCUGCAAUAUCCUAUGUACCGACAAAGGAUCGAGCUAUAUGUGCGGGAAACCCCCUUUGCGAUCCACGACAGUUUGAAGAUGUCAUCACCGCCUUUUUAAAGUGGCUGCGUCAUGAAACCAAACUCAGGCCGCUGUUUAUACUAGUGGGCAAGGAUGUGGAGGACGUUUUAGCUGACCGCCUAGGUUGGAAGAGCUUCUCAAACGUUGCGGAGCAGCGCGUUAACUUGGCAAACAACGAACAUCUGGACAUCAGCAGUGAUGUUGACCGGAAAAUCCGACAUGCACGGAAAGAGGGACUACAAGUGACUGACUAUGGGAGCAAAGUACCAGAUGAUGUUCAAAGGCGAUGUAAAGAUCGUAUCGAAGAAUGGAAAAAGAACAGAGAAGGGGCACAGGUUCAUCUUAGCGAGAUUACUCCCUUCAUCGACACUGAGCAUCGCCAAUACUUCGUCACAGAGGAUCGCGAAAGCCGGGUACAUUCGUUGGUUGUCCUCGCUCAGUUGGCACCUAGAUGGGGUAUCCAGGUGAAAUGGGCUCUUGACUUUCCGCAGAGCACGAACGGAUCCAUUGAGCUCACUGUCUUCACCGCUCUCAAAAGCGCCGCUGAUGCUGGGAACAAGACCUGCACUUUCGGCGCUGGAGCUACGAGCAAACUCACGACUGGGAACAACCUUGGUAAGGCGAAGUCCACGUUAUUGAAUUCGGUAUACCAGACCCUAUCAGCCAAGUUCAGUCUGGACCAAAAGACAGGGUUUAGGUCAAAGUUCAACACUCUGGAUGAUCCGCUUUUCCUUUGUUAUCCUCCCAGAGGCUUGGGCCCUAAGGGUGCACAGGCGAUUGUGGAUUUUUUCCAGUCAGAGUAG